CCUGAUAUAAUUGCUCUCAUCAACUGACGAUCACCGCAGGAGGAGGAACGAAAGGGCGGAAAGAAAGGCCGACUAUUAGGUAUAAUUACCCUCAGUGACGUUCUCCGAUACGUUAUUGGUGCAGCGAGUAUAGGCGAAGGAUAUGACCCUAGCCAGAGGACGAAGUCAGAGGAUACACUGAAUCCUCCGUCCCCGUCCCAAUCGCGGGCUUGAACGGUGAUAUCUUGUAUUUUUUAUAUCUAGACGAUUUCUGGCUGUGAUAUCAGUGGAUUCUUUUUUGAUGUAUGGGGUGCAUCUUCUGACAUUAGUUUCGUAAUCACACUUUACAUGUGGCCCUUCAUCUUGACGAAAACAUUUUCUACAUCUCGUGAAGCUGCAGUCUCCCAGAGGCAUGCCCUGGAUUUUUUGCAUGAUAUACCGGCCUUCAUUAGCCUCUCUCCGCUGUUGGAAAGUUACGCACUGGAAAAAGGCGGCAAUCCUUGCACGUACACGAUCGUUGAUCGCCUGAAGGUCCUGGGCUCCUUCAGUACCACCACGACGCUUCGUGCUACAUUCACCACUUGUGAUGACGGGCUGGACGUCGAGGUGAAUGCAGGGGCAUGGACACGUCUCAGGACAGAGUAUCGAGUUCGCCCCGCAGUACAGGGCCGCGAGUUAGGAGUUUUGGUGAUCGAACAUGUCACAAUUUACGUUUGUCUGCUCCUGCCACCAUCGAGACGGGCUAAUUCAUUCUCCAAUCAUAGGGCCUCUUCUGCUUUAUGCCCUUUAUCUACGCCACGCUGACCAAAUCUCAUCUGGAAGGACAGGAGAGGCUCGUACGUGCUCUGGAGAAACGUCAUGUAC